UCGCUCUCGCCCUCUGGAGCAUCCCGGGCCGGUUGGCUUUAACUUUCUUCUUUCCCGGGGUUAAAACUUUGCUCCCGAGCGGGCGGCUGCUUGCCGACGUUAUUGGCCGGCGCCCCGCCCGGCGGCCCCGCCCCCGCGCUCCCCUCCGCCCCCCACUCCCAGCGCGAGUGGCGGCGGCGGCGGCGGCGGUGGCGGAGGAGCCUUCGGGGGCGUGCGUGCGUGUGUGAGUGCGCGCCAGCAAGCCUGAGUGUGUGUGUGCGCCCCGGGCGCGGGCAGGGCAGCACUCCGACCGCAGCGGGAGCCGGCCAGCCGCGUAGUCACUCGGGAGGAAGAGGCGGCGGCGGCCGGGGGCCGGGGCCGGGGCUGGGGCUGGGGCAGCGGCGGCCGCGCUGGGCAUGGAGCUGGCAAGCCCGCGCUGAGACAGGACGCUCCUGCUAGCCGCCAGCGAGAGGCUCUCUGCGGUCCGGCGCGCGGGCUCCCCGGCUGGGGCCAGGCAAACUUUUCUUUCUCUUUUGCCGUCACUUAGAGGCGCCUGGUGCGGCGGGCAGACCGACUCCUCGGUGCAGCGGGGCCGGGGCAAGCUGGCCACGGCAUGAUGCGCGCUGUGUGGGAGGCGCUGGCGGCGCUGGCGGCGCUGGCGUGCCUGGUGGGCGCGGUGCGCGGCGGGCCCGGGCUCAGCAUGUUCGCGGGUCAGGCGGCGCAGCCCGAUCCCUGCUCGGAUGAGAACGGGCACCCUCGCCGCUGCAUCCCAGACUUUGUCAACGCGGCCUUCGGCAAGGACGUGCGCGUGUCCAGCACCUGUGGCCGGCCCCCGGCGCGCUACUGCGUGGUGAGCGAGCGUGGCGAGGAGCGGCUGCGCUCGUGCCACCUCUGCAACUCAUCCGACCCUAAGAAAGCGCACCCGCCUGCCUUCCUCACCGACCUCAACAACCCGCACAACCUGACGUGCUGGCAGUCCGAGAACUACCUGCAGUUCCCGCACAACGUGACGCUCACGCUGUCGCUCGGCAAGAAGUUUGAGGUGACCUACGUGAGCCUGCAGUUCUGCUCGCCGCGGCCGGAGUCCAUGGCCAUCUACAAGUCCAUGGACUAUGGGCGCACGUGGGUGCCCUUCCAGUUCUACUCCACGCAGUGCCGAAAGAUGUACAACCGGCCGCACCGCGCGCCCAUCACCAAGCAGAAUGAGCAGGAGGCCGUGUGCACCGACUCGCACACCGACAUGCGCCCGCUCUCAGGCGGCCUGAUCGCCUUCAGCACGCUGGACGGGCGGCCCUCGGCGCACGACUUCGACAACUCGCCAGUGCUGCAGGACUGGGUUACGGCCACCGACAUCCGCGUGGCCUUCAGCCGCCUGCACACGUUUGGCGACGAGAACGAAGAUGACUCGGAGCUGGCGCGCGACUCCUAUUUCUAUGCAGUGUCUGACCUGCAGGUUGGCGGCCGCUGCAAGUGCAACGGCCACGCGGCACGUUGCGUGCGCGACCGAGACGACAGCCUGGUGUGUGACUGCAGGCACAACACAGCCGGCCCCGAAUGCGACCGUUGCAAGCCCUUCCACUACGACCGGCCCUGGCAGCGCGCCACGGCCCGCGAGGCCAACGAGUGCGUGGCCUGCAACUGCAACCUCCAUGCUAGGCGCUGCAGAUUCAACAUGGAGCUGUACAAGCUGUCAGGGCGCAAGAGCGGAGGUGUCUGUCUCAACUGUCGCCACAACACUGCGGGCCGCCACUGCCACUACUGCAAGGAGGGCUUCUACCGAGACAUGGGCAAGCCCAUCACCCACCGGAAGGCUUGCAAAGCUUGUGAUUGCCACCCUGUGGGUGCCGCUGGCAAGACCUGCAAUCAAACCACUGGCCAGUGUCCCUGCAAGGACGGUGUGACAGGCAUCACCUGCAACCGCUGUGCCAAAGGCUACCAGCAGAGUCGCUCCCCCAUCGCCCCCUGCAUCAAGAUUCCUGUGGCGCCGCCCACCACCGCAGCCAGCAGUGUGGAGGAACCUGAAGACUGUGACUCCUAUUGCAAGGCCUCCAAAGGGAAGCUGAAGAUGAACAUGAAGAAAUACUGCAGGAAGGACUAUGCCGUCCAGAUCCACAUCCUGAAGGCGGACAAAGCAGGGGACUGGUGGAAGUUCACGGUGAACAUCAUCUCUGUGUACAAGCAAGGAACAAGUCGCAUUCGCCGUGGUGACCAGAGCUUGUGGGUCCGCUCACGAGACAUCGCCUGCAAGUGCCCCAAAAUCAAGCCCCUCAAGAAAUACCUGCUGCUGGGCAAUGCUGAGGACUCGCCUGACCAGAGUGGCAUCGUGGCAGACAAGAGCAGCCUGGUGAUCCAGUGGCGGGACACGUGGGCACGGCGGCUGCGCAAGUUCCAGCAGCGGGAGAAGAAGGGCAAGUGCAAGAAGGCCUAGCGCGGAGGUGGCGCAGGCUCUAGGAGGGCGGGCAGGGCGCUGGCAGGGGCCGGCAGCCUUGGACUUGGCCCGCCAGGGUUUUCCCCGGGGAGGGGGGCGGGUGGGGGCGGGGUGAAGUCUGAGUGGGGCGGGGCCCUCAGCGGCUCCGCCCCAGCCCCACCCUCACACCCCUGGCUGUGCCCUUAUGCGCAUGGCAGGAAGUACCCUGUAUUGACAGGCCAGGCCCUGGAGAAAUGAGGACAAGACAUAGCUACCUCACAGCGCUCCUUCCAGAACAAAGAUGCGCUUCCCUAGGGCUAGGUGGGGGUUGCUGUAGAGGGGCUGGGGGCACCCAGCUCUGGGUCCCAGGCACAGAAAGGCACAGAGGACCACAGUCACUGUGUUUGAUGGUUUUUGAAGGGGGUGUGAGAAGAACUGUGAAUUUUCGGGCCUGUAGCCUGGGCAGGGGCAACCAGUCCACCACAAGGCACUAGUCAUGCCCCCUUCCCUUCCCCAUCACCUGCUGUCUAAGAAUUCCCAGACUUCAGACUUCCACAACAGGUCCCUGUGUCAAAGGGCCAGAUGGCACUGGGAUCAGCCAGCUUCAGGUCUCCACUGCCACCUGCUGGGCUGGUCUCUGAGUGGAGUUCUGGUCUCUGAGGGGAGGCCCCUCCUGGGACCUACUCUACCCAAGUGGGGCUGGCCCAGGCUCCUGGCCCAUCAGAGGGCCUAGGGCCUAAGGAUGCCCCUGAAGCCCAAGCCGGGUGGUCACUGCCUUUGCUGGAGCUGCCUGUGGGAGGAGGCAUUGAAAACCAAAACCUCCCAGAGAGUUUCCUUUUUGGAAACUUGGAAACAACCCCUUUUAUGACAUUUUCCAGGGGAGGGGGAGGGGGUACUGGCGGGGUUUAGGGCAAUGACACUAUUUGUGUAAUGACAUCAACUCCCACAAGGCCUCACAGCAAUGUCAACAGCUGGAAAGGGCCUGGUCAGGCCUGGAAUGCCAGCGGCCUUAGAGGCCAUUUGGCCCCAGGGUUGGGGAAAGGAAGGGACUUGCUUAAGUCAGGACCAGGGGUUUUUGCUUAGCAAGGUGCCUGAGUGUCCAAGCUGUAGGUAAGCAAGGCCAGGAGAGGUCAGGUGGCAGAGAGCCACGGAAGCUGUGACCACUUACUGUUGCUGCCCUCACUGCUGUCUCCCAAAGGGAACAGGCUACUGGGCUAAGAAGCCCACUGUAGCCCACAGCUGUCUUGGUCUAGCCUGGGCGAUCUCAUCCAUUCCUUUCUGGCUGCCUUUGUGGCAGUCUCCGGGUCUUCCUGUGUGCCUAGCCCUCUCUUGUUUUGGAGCCUUACCGCCCUCAUGCAGAUAGCUCCAAGCUUCUCUUCUGGUUGCUUCUUCACAGCCCCCCCAACUCUGCCUUUCCCUGCAUCCCUGCACUUGGGCCUCCAGCCUCACGCCCCGCACACUGGAUGAGAGGCCUGGCUUCCCUCUCAGUCAGGAAAUUGGUUUCAUUUCCCCUGCCCAUUUGGCUGCCCCAAAGGACCAUACCAGGAAUGAAGCUCAGCCCCUUGGUGACACAACUCCCUCUGCAUCUCCCACUCCUGCCCAUGCCACCACUGCCAUUUGCUGAGCACCCGCUUGGUGCCAGGCACUUUACACACAUGUUCCUGGCCUGUCUUCAUCACAAACACUUGAGACAGGGGUUCUUGUCCUCACUUUCACCAGUGAAGAAAUGUGUGCACAUGCCCGAGGUUGCACCAGCUUCGGGACUCAGACCCUGGCCUCACCAUCCCAGCUGUUAGCCCACUGUGGUGGGGGGUUUCACUGAGACCCAGGCAGCUUGUCUCUAGAGAAUGUUGAGGAUAUUAGCCUGGAGUAGGUCUAAGAUAGACAAAGUAAUACCUCCAGAGCAGGCAUCAAGGGUGGUGGGGGAACAAGAAAUGGUUUCCCUAGAAGACAGCCCCCGGAAGUCCCAGGGUUGGGGAGCGCAGGUGUUAGCCGUCUGAGAGGGCCUGGAAUGGUGGCUUGUCGGCUCCAAGUGUGGGAGGGAAGGAAGGCUGUAAGGCUUCAGAGAGGCUGGCAGGGAGCACACAGACCUGCCCUGGGAAGGGUCAUGUGACUUUCCUUGUCCAAGCCUGAGAUUGGGGGUCAAGGGCCACUGUCCAGGCUCAGACAGCCACUGUGGUUUGUGGGGUACCAUCUGCAGCAAACGGCAACUGUCCUGUUUCUAUACCAGGGUAGCGUCUGCCCUAGCCAGCUUUGACCUAUGAGCCUUUAAGUCAUAGCCGCACCUGGUGUCCACUGAAGCCCCUUAACUAGUGCUGGGGGCCAGCUAAGCAACAAGACAUCUUGCUGGGAAUCCACCAAGGCACCCUGCUCUUCUCCAGCCCUGAUUGCCUGGUCAGAUGAGCCAGGUUAUGGAUGAGAUCAUAGCUGCCACCUCUGUAGCUAGCCUGAAAUCAUCCCACUACUCCUCUGCCUGAGAGCCAGCCUUGGGGAAGCAGCAGCUGUCUGUCUUCCUCCUGCCCUUGGCCUCAUGCUAGAGAGGAGAUGGAAAGGAGACAUCCUAUUGUACAGUUAGGAAGGGAUGCAAAAGAGGAAGUAGGUCUUUGAGUUUGAGAGUGUAUUAACAGAGUUGUGAUAUGUAGGUCUUUGAAGAAGAAAGCCGUAUCAGGCUAGUCACUUACCAGUCAAGAUGCCCUAGCUGUCUUUUUACUUACCAGCUGGGUAGUCUGGUGCCCCUGCCAUCAGGAUGCCUCCUUCGCUGACACACAGUCACACAGUGGUGUGGGGUAAAGGAAAUGGUGUGCUCCUGGACACUCCUGUGGCCUCUGGGCCAGACCUUCUGUCCUGGAAAGCAGGGCAGGAGGCAGGACCAUUGGGCUCCUUCAGAUGAGAGGGUCUGAUGCCUGAGGCAAAGCCCUGGGAGGCUGGAGUGGCCCGAGGACCUUAGGAACUUUCUAGAACCCUGUGUCAGUAACUACAUACAGGCAAUGAGUACAGGCUGUCUUAGAAUUGCCCCAAACUGGAACAAGAGUGAAAAAAAGAGACCCUUUGGGACUGACUUGGGAAGCAGUUCCUGUAACAUCUUGACACUUCAAGGACUCCUUCAUCCAGGAAGCCUAGAGAGUGGGCAAGUUCGGCUCACUGAUGGGCCAUGGUUCACAGACAGACAACCCUGUGGACCAGAGCCAUGCCAUACCCCAGGGGUAUCAAAAUUGUCUUUGUGGGGCCUUGCCCCUGCCAAAAACUAAGCCAGCCUCACCUCUGUGUCAGUGGACACCCUCCCCUUCCUGCUCUGGAUACCCCCGGCCUCCCUCUUGUACCGAUUCUGCUCACUCAGAAUUGUAAAUGUUUAGUUGUGACCAUGACAUAUUGUUUGGGUCAGUGUUCCUUUCCAAUGCAUACUAAUAUAUUAUGGUUAUUAUAUAUGAAUAUAUUUAAUGACAUGGAGAAAGUUGUGGAUUUUCUUUUUUUUUUUUUUAAGGGAUUUUUUUUUUUUUGUGUGUUGUUGUUGUUAGAGUUGUAAUGGACCCAGAUGGAACUUGUAACGUGGGACCUACAUGAUAGAACUAAAUUCAGAUAUCAUUAAAUAAACUCUUGUAUACUG